CAGCCCGUGCAUUGGUUUAGAGAGGGAUCCGGAGGACAGGCUGCUGUGCAGAUGAGGAAUACGGAGUCGUGCUCAGACGACGCGCCGUUCACCUGGAAUACCUGAACGCUCUCCAAUGACACGCCGCUGCAGUCCACUUAUAAACACUGUUGCAUGUUUUCACGACUAAUAUUUCGGCCCCAGUGGCCUUGUCCGUAGAUUUAUGCCUCCUGUGAAAACGCUCGGUGCUGAUUUGCAGCCCUGAGAGCGACUGGAACUCGCAGCAGCUGAAUUACGCGCAGAGGAUGCUGCCCGACGCGCAAUGAUGUCCGGGACUCGAAGGAUCGUCUGAUCAGGAUGACAUCUGGUUGAGAAAUUAGUGGACUGAAGUGCACAUUCGACGCUUUUCUAUCAGUUUUUUUUCCCUUCCCUUUUUUCUUUGCGCCAAGAAGCUGCAUCGAGGACCCGACAGCAGCCGAACUACACUCUCGGUUUUUCCAGACUCGGUUCGGGGAGAUGGCCGCGAUCGCCAGCUCCCUGAUCCGGCAGAAGCGCCAGGCGAGGGAGUCCAACAGCGACCGGGUGUCCACUUCCAAACGGCGCCCCAGCCCCAGCAAAGACCCCCGCUCUCUCUGCGAGAGGCAUUUCUUGGGGGUCUUCAGCAAAGUCCGCUUCUGCAGCGGAAAGAAAAGACCGGUUCGGCGGCGACCAGACGCUCCCUCGAAACCUCCACAGGUGUCCCAUAAGGGCUGCAGGCUAGAGCCACAGCUGAAAGGCAUCGUGACACGACUGUUCAGCCAGCAGGGUUUCUACCUGCAGAUGCAGCCGGAUGGAACCAUCGACGGCAGCAAGGACGAGAACAGCGACAACACCUUGUUUAAUCUUAUUCCUGUGGGUCUGAGAGUGGUGGCCAUCCAGGGGGUGAAGAGCGGCUUCUACAUCGCCAUGAAUGGAGAGGGCAUGCUCUACAGCUCGGAGAUGUUCACGCCGGAGUGCAAGUUCAAGGAGUCGGUUUUUGAGAACUACUAUGUGAUCUACUCGUCCACUGUGUACCGGCAGCAGGAGUCGGGCCGGGCCUGGUUCCUCGGCCUCACCAAGGAGGGCCAGGUCAUGAAGGGAAACCGGGUCAAGAAGACCAAACCCUCCUCACACUUUGUUCCCAGGCCCAUCGAAGUCUGUAUGUACAGGGAGCCGUCGCUGCAUGAGAUCGAGGACAAGCACCGCUCCAGGAAGAGCUCAGGGACUCCCACCAUGAACGGAGGGAAAGCUGUCAAUCAGGACUCCACAUAGCACCGGGGGG